AUGGCCAUGUUGAGGGGAGGGGCCGGGGACGCCACCCCCCUCACCGAGGCCAGCGAACCGCCCCCCUCCCCGAGUGUGGACGGCUCCACCUCCCUGACGGAGGGGGCCGCCCUCAUGGCCCAGCGCAGCCUGUUCAAGCAGUCAUCGACGUUGCUCAAUACCUGGGAUUACCCCGGGAGCGAGCCGUGCCCCAAUAAUGAGAUCGAAAUCUCGUCUGGCUGGCGGGGGGUGACCUGCUCCAAUGGGGUCGUUGUUGCCAUUCACCUGGAGGACCUGGGCCUUGGGGGUCAGCUUUCCCCUGCUCUUUCGGCCCUGGGCAGCCUGCUGACCAUGAACUUGAAGAACAAUGGCCUGACCGGCAGCCUGCCAGAGGCCUGGGCCUUCCCCGACCUGCUGUCCUUGAACCUGGCUGACAACGCGCUGACGGGUUCCCUGCCCGCCUCCUGGGCGGAGCCGGGCGCCUUCGAGUCGCUGUCCUUCAUGCAGCUGCAGAACAACAACCUGUCUGGCACCAUCCCCUCCGAAUUCUGGUCCGGCUCCGCCUUCAACACCGACACCGGUUCCAGCCUGUACGUCCGCCCCGGCAACGAACUGCUCUGCGGCGGCGUGACCACGAUCCUCGCGGGCAACACAACCCUGCUCCAGCUCAUGGCGCUGGACCUGUUCACCCCCGGCGCGGUCACCACCAUCACCAACACGUUGGGGCCGUGCCUGCGCACCUGCACCGCGGCGGACACGGGCGCGGCGGAGAUCACCACCAACGUCUUCGACCUGGCCCAGGAGUACAACGUGUCCCUCGCUGACGUCAUCGCACUCAAUCCCAGGCUGGAGAACCUGCCGGGGGUCUCCGUCACCCUGCCCUGCUACCAGACCCAGUACCGGGGGAACACGCUGAUCGGGGGGUCAGACGCGGCCUACAGCCAGUUUGCGGGGGGCAACCAGGUGCUGGCGGUGUACCCCGACGGCCCUGCUCUGGCCGGCGCAGUGACCAUGCACACGCCCGGGUCGGGGUACACCCCGCACUCCACUCCGGGGUACGCCGGCUCCACCAGCUGGCUGACCGACGAGCUGGUGGAGCCGGUGUACUGGUUCGUGGACCUCACCACGCCGCUGUCGGUGUCGGUGCUGGUGGGCAUGGCGGGCGGGCCCACCACCGACCUCGUCGUCUACAUGGGGUCGGACACCAGCAACAUCACCGCCAACGCCCAGGUGGGCAGCAGCCUGACCCUGGACCUGCCGGGCGCGGUGGGCGCGCUGGCCUUCACCGACGGCGUGCCGCAGACGGGGCGCUACGUGGUGCUCGUGGCCGGGCCGGACGGAACCUCCCCCUUCAACAUCUCCGCCCUGGAGGUCUACCCCAAACUGGCCAACGCCGCGGUGAACAAGCCGCUGACCCUGUCCGACGGACGGGUGCUGGAGGGCGGGACGGAUGGGUCGCUGGCCACCUGCCUAACCAUCCAGCCCUCCGCCAGCGGCACCGCCUGGGCCACGGUGUUCGUGACCAACUCCACCACCGGCGACUUCUUUUCCCUCCCCGCCAACCAGUCCUGCGGCAACGGCGGUCUGCCCCUGGACCAGGGCGCCUACUCCGCCCUGCCCUGCUACAUCCACGGCCGCUACGUGUCCAUCGCGGUGCCCAACCAGGGCGCGCUCCAGCUGUGCGAGCUGGAGGUCUACCUGGGCGCCGACCUGGAGUGGCCUGCGCCCACGCCCGACGCCGGCGGCUCGCUCAACCUGGCCGCCAUCAUCGCCCCCACCGUGGUCGGCGGCCUGGUCCUCGCCCUCGUCCUGGCAUGGUGCGCCGCGCUGGUGCGCCUGAUCGGGGAGGGCUCCUUCGGCCAGGUCUGGCUGGCCAAGUACUGCGAGACCACGGUGGCGCUCAAGAUGCUGACCAACAAGAUGCCCAGCCUGUCGGCCUCGCUGCAGCAGAGCUUCAUGCUGGACCAGCUGCAGAAGGAGGCCAGCAUCAUGGCGCGGUUGCGGCACCCCAACUGCUGCCAGUACCUGGGCCUGUGCCUGGACCCACCCUCCCUCCUCAUGGAGUACUGCUCGCAGCGGUCGGUGGACACCAUCCUCUCCGCGGGGCGCACCGACACCAAGGUUGCCAAGUCGCUGUCCUGGCCGCGCCUGCUCAGCAUGGCAUUCGACGCCGCCAAGGGCAUGCUGUACCUGCACACACGGCAGCCUGCCAUCAUCCAUCGUGACCUCAAGUCGGCAAACCUGCUGGUGGACUCCCAGUGGCACGUCAAGAUCGCCGACUUCAACCUGAGCAGGGCCAUGGAGAGGGAGGUGAUGAUGAGCACCAUCUGCAUAACCAACCCCAGGUGGCUGUCCCCCGAGAUCCUGAAGGGUGGCCAGGCCACGUUGCAGUCCGACGUGUGGGCCUUUGGGACGGUGAUGUGGGAGCUGAUGACGUGGCAGCUCCCCUUUGAGAACAUGAACCCGUACCAGAUCAUCAACCUGGUGCAGAGCAGCGGCGCGAGCCUCGCCGUUCCCGAGCCCAGUGCCAUGCCCGCCGGCAGCUUCCGGGGGUACGAGCCGUACGUGGCGCUGAUGACGCGGUGCUGGGAGAUCGAGCCUGCCGCGCGGCCCGAGAUGGCCGAGGUCGCGGCCCGCCUGCGCGACAUCCUGCGCGCCGAGCUGCUGGCGGCACGCUCCCGGCGCUUGCGCUCCGGGCAGCUGCCGGGCGGAGGCGUGCCGGAGCCGCAGCAGCGCUACGCACGCGUGCGCAGCGCUGCGCCCAGCCCUUUCUCCCAGGGGCCCUCCUCCGCCGAGGGGUCGCUGGUGAGCGAGGGCGGGCUGUCGCCGGGCAUCGGCUUCACGUCGGGCACCGCGUCGGGGACGCCGCCGGGCACCGCCUCGACCACGCUCAGCGGCAGCCUCGAGGUGGGGCGGGGGCCGGCGGGCGCGCCGGCCCCCGCCGCGCCCGCUGCCGUCGACGACGCCGAGCUGGCGGAGAGGCUGGGCAGCAACGAGCCCGCGUUUCUCUGA